AUGGAGCCCCAGCAAGACAAACAGUCUCCGCCGCUCGAAGAUUGCUUGAAGCUGUUGAAGGGCGAGAGAGACGAACAGCGACUCGCCGGCCUUCUUCUCGUCACCAAGUUUUUCAAAGGCGAUGACUUAUCCUCUCUCGAAACCAUUUACAAUGCCGUCGGCGUCGGCUUUCUCGAUCGUCUGCUCAGGACUGGGAUGGGAAAAGGAAGCAUUAGUAGCAGCGGAAGUGAAAAUCGCGAUGCAUAUUUGCGGUUGUCUGUUACUGUUCUUGCUGCAUUCUGUCAUGUUCCGGAAAUUGCUGCUUCAAACGACAUGGUUUCGAAGAUUCCACUGGUACUGGAAGUUUUAUCCACAGAGCCAGGAUCAGCUGUUCUUGAAGAAUGCUAUGAAUUUCUGUAUUUGGUGUCAACAGCUUCCGAAGACGGAAUCAUGACAUUUUACACUUCUGGGGGCAUGAAUAUGCUGGCUUCUCAUAUGUCCAUUUUCCCAGACGGUUCUCAUCAGAUGGAGCUUUCUAUGAAACUCGUGCAAUUGAUACUAAAUAAACUGUCUCUUGAAAUCAUUAACCAAGACUACGUUCCAGAGCUCUCAAAGAUUGUGGCUGCAAUAACAAGACAAUUUGCUGUCUUGCAUAAUGCUGUAAAAUUUGAUGCGCUCCACCUACUGUCUGCCAUCCUCUCAUCAAAAUAUUCGGCACCACUUUAUGAUUCUCUUCGUGUACUACCAGAAAAAGAUUUGCCAAAUUAUAUGCGUGAUGGUAUUGCGGCCAUUCUACAAAACCGUGUUGCACCUACUGAAAAGCUUCAGGCACUUAUACUGGCUGAUUAUAUGAUGACAAUAUUCGGGGAACGAUGGUUAAUAGGUCAUAUCAACUUACCUGGCGUGAAAGAGCCUAUUCCAGCUGACAGGUGCUUAGUGCUUGUACUGGAGCAAUCCAGGGUUGAAGUUGCGGUUCUCCUUAAUGAGCUUGCCCAGUUGAAAGAUGAAGCAUCCAAGAGGUCUUCAGCCCCUGCAGAGACAAUUGUUUCAAAGAAACGGAAUGUGGCUAUUGCCUUUUCUUUGCUUGAAAAGAUAAUUAGCUUAAUAUCAAAUGCCAGCGAGAAUGAAGGGGACAUUAUUGAUGAAAAUACUUUCAUGAAGGUGAUUAAGGGCCUUAAUGAGACAAUUGGUGUAGUUCUAGAGUACUUACUAGAUGCAAAGGAACAUGGACAGAGGAAGGGAGAUGAUCUUCUUGCUUCAGUGAGGAUUAUUGGGAGCUAUCUUGCAGAAACACCUGUUGCAUGCAAAGAGAAAGUUAUAGAACUUUUAGAGUAUAUGCUUUCCAUUGAAGGUGAAGAUGAACCAAGCCCCUUCUACUCUAUAUGCUUUUUGCUUCCUUUGCUGUGCCAAAUGACAAUGGAGAUUGAAGGAUGUAAAGCUUUGAUUUCUUGUGGAGGCCAUAUUUCUGUUGUUGAUUGCUUUGUAAAAUUGAUUGGGCCACAUGGUUAUAUGGUCAAGGAUAAUGGCUGCAUCUUUUUGGCAUGUGACACAAUGUUGAAUCUUCUUUUAAAGAAAGAGCAAUUGCGAAUCCCAUUGGAUGAUUCAACUCUUGUUAAUCUAUUGAAAGCGUUUGCAUUUUGGACAGAGGGUAUAAAUGACCCGUCAACUAUUAUGAUGGCUUCAAGCAUAUGCGCACUGCUAUUUGAUUUUACAUCAGAGAAGGCUCUUCUUAAGCAUCCUAACUUUGAUGACAGCACUCUUGAUAGUUUGUCUCGGCUCAUUGCAAGAAGUCUGGCUUCAUGGGGACAGGGUAUGUCUGAUGCUGCUAAAUCAGAAAUGGAUCUUCUUGAGAUUGUAACGCAAGGAUAUUCUCAAUGGGUGGAUCGGUUCCCUCGUGUAAGGGAAACCGUUGAGAGAUAG